AUGUGGAAGAGACCUGGGAAAGCCCAGAACGGCAGAAAUCCUCCAUCCUUCCAGAACCGCCAGAUUGGUGAGCUUUGCUAUUUUGCGUAUUUCCGGACCCAGCAAAUCAAAGGCAUUCUCAACCUUUGCGGUCUCGUCUUCUUCGCCUUCUUCUUAUCCAUUACUUUAGACGCGCGGCCGAUGGCAGAAGUUGUGGUAUGGCAAGAUAGAGACCUGAGCGAUCAAGAGCCUAGCGACGGAUGGAAGAAGAAGCUGCCCGUCGACGCCGAUAGGACUCUGGUCGCCGAUCCGCAGUUCGAAUUUCCGAACUUCGAUCAAGACCCUGCCUUCUCUGUCCAUGAGGGACCGGCAGCCGACCGCGAAGAGCUUUUCCAGGCAGCCGUCAUGACACCAGUUACGGUUUUCCGGAGCCUGAUGAACGUCGUGGCCCUGCCCUUCUCCCCCCUGGCAUCAGAAGGCCUCCAGCAGAAGCAGGUGGCGGAGAUCGCGGAGCGCAUCCACCGCUACAAGGACCCUGCCGCUGCUGGGAAGGAUGAGGCGGACGACCGGGCAACUGAAGUGCCAGAGGCAGCUGGGAGGCUAUUGGAGAUAGGGACGUCGCCGUCGAACCCCGUGGUUCUGACGCCAGCUUGGAGACCUUUGGAUUUGGACUCUGUCCCUGGUAUUGCUUUCAAUUGUUUCGUCGAGGAUUGGUUCCAGAGACAUCUCAGUCGUACAGGCGAAGCCUUGAACAUGUGGGGGGGUGUUUUUCCAAUGUCGGGUACGGCUGCUCUCGACGAGCUGACCCCGCACAUUGACAUAGAGGACUUUUUUGCCAACAUCGUGGAAGCGACAGACUCCGCGGGCUGGGUCAAUGUUCAAAAGACCUUUCCGGAGAGUCCAGACUGUUCGGAGCACGACGGCCGCAUUUGCUACAAGUUCUCCACUUGUGGGUCAUGCAUGACACGGCUGCAGUUUGUGGUCAACACACCACUCGAAGCCUCCUCUCUGCUAACCCGGCCAGAAGCUUUCAGCCAGCCCAUCGUGCGCGUGUCGGGGUUCGUCCGUGCCGAGUGGCUAGAGCAAGUCGGCCCCGGUGAUGCUAUCGUUCGCAUCAGCCAGGAGGAUGGGCAACAGCCAUUGCGAGCAUGCUCCAUGCGGCGUAUAUUGGAAAGCCCCUCCUGCCUUCAAGCAGAGGCCAAGGAGUCAGUGGACUGGGAUGCUUACUUUGCGCGAAUGGUUGUGCGGAGAGACAUUCCCUCACCUGGCAUGGCAGCGAUGUUGGUGUUGCCUUUGGGCAGGCGUCACACCGCUUUGUUUCAGGUCGGUCCAGUUCGGGCCUAUGCACUCACUGCGCACCCACAUACUGAGCCUGGAAAAGUGAUUGUGUCUAACGUCAUUUUCCUCCCCUUUGCCACCUAUCCUGUGUGGGCCACCACGCAUCUUUCUAGACUUGACAAACUGGAGAAAGAUCGCUUCGAGAAGUACAUGCAGGAACAGGAUCUGCCGAAACUUCACGAACUGGACAGGUCGUACUACACCAUCUUGCACCUGAGAAACUGCAAUCGCGGACCGCCGCUACUGCCGUUUUCCCCCAGCACCUUGCCACAGCGUCGUUUGGACGAGAGUUGGGUGCUUGUCACGGAUGACCAGGGGAUCGACUCCUACUGGACGCGGUGGAAUACUCCGGACUUUAAUUUCUAUUUGUACCUCGGGGAGUUCUUGCAUCGAAACAACAUCCAGCUCAAACUCUAUGGAGAGUUGAACGGGAAGUGUUUGGUGCCCUAUCAAGUGGCAGUGCGGACGCAGGAUUGGUCGCUUUGCAAGGACCAGAUCCAUUCAGCUUUCCACAACCAGCAGCGGGCUUACAGGCGUCUGAACGGAGGAGUUGCUGCUCCGAGGAUAGGGGAAGCUCCUGCAGCUCGUUUCCAGCUGCGAGCUCCACAUGCCAAGAAGCCUUGCUUCGCAUCCCCGAGCACUGACGUGGUGGUGCGACGGACCUUUCUGAACGAACUGGAGCCUGCAGAGGCCGAGGUGUGUGAAUGCGGCUCGCGUCAGGGCUGGAUGCCGGCACGCAACGCAGUUGGCGGAGUGUUACGUGCUCAGGAUAAGAUCAUCUACGGCCCAUUUCUAACGGUGACUCUGGUGAUUCUGUUGCGGCUCCUCCCACCACAAGGUGCUUGA